AUGCCGUCCCGUGGUGGAUCGACCGUGGGCCAGCGCUCUGCUUCUCCAGACGCGCCUGCUUCUUGCGCUAACGGAUCUGCACGAGCGUUGCUGAGAGCAGCACGGACGAAUGAUGCGCGCUCUCCUCUGCGGAUCAGAGCCCAUGUGGACGGUACGGCUGUCAGCAGCAAGAGGACCGGGGCGGAUCACACAGAGGAGCAUGCGGCAUGCGAGAGGCUCUACCGCAACGCCGCCGAGCGGGCGGAACGGCGACUGCGGGCCUCGCGAGAGGCACAAGAAGCGGAGUUUCAGGCCAACUGCACUUUCCAUCCAUCUUUAAUCCUAGUGAAAGAGGGUCAUCGCGAGCGCAGCACCAGCCAGCGAGCGCGUUCGCGCAGCGCUGGGGCAAAGGGUGUGGCAAGUGCCCGUGGCGCCGAGGCGGGCCUUGGCGACGGCAGCGGGGCUUCACUUCACCGCGCAACGAGCUCAUCUGCCGUUCAGCGGACGCCGUUGCACUCGUGGCGGCAAUGCUUGGCAGCACAGGCGGUGAUGCUCGCUACCCGCGAGCGCCGUCUCGCGGAACUGCAGAGGGGGACCGGGGAGAAAAGUAAGCCGAGCCUCUACCCCAGAAGCCCUCGCACCAAAGCACGUGAGCACCCGCACACGUACCUGGAAGAGAAGGGUUACAAGGGCCCCAUCAACGGAGGGUCGAAGCACUUUCUACACUGCGUGAAAGGCAAGGAGAUCACUUCGGGGACAGUGGCGGGGCUCUCUUCGGUAUUGCCGACAGGUCCUCAGCGUGGCGGCAGUGCAUCGUCCGCAUCGACGCCGCCACUUGCCGGUACUUUGCUAGCGGACAAGCCAUCUCAGCAGGAGAGCGAGUCCAGCGAUGCGUCACCGGGGUCCUUUACUACGCCGCAACGACCUACUCCUGUCCGCAGCGGCGUGCAGGACAAGCAGACGACGGACCACAUCAGCACUAACGCUGCACCCGAAGCCCUGCCACAUGUCUUUGGCCGCCUCUUCCGCGACAGCGCUGAGCGCGCGUCGGCGCGGGCGCUCAUUCAGCUGAUGAAGGAACACGGGGAGGACACAGAGCUAUGCCAGUCAAAACCAUCCAGGAACGGCGUGCCUACGUCGGCGCGCGCUCUUUACAAUGGGCAACUGCGGCCCUCGGCGCGACAACGGCCACCAGGUGCGCCAGGCAGCAAGGACACUGCGACGGCGAUUGCCCUUGCAAUCGGCAACGCGGCAGCUUCUGAGAGCACGCCACAGCACCCAGACGUCAAUCGGCCCUUCUACGCUGACCAUACUGUCUUGGAUGCCCUUUACGCAGAGCCGGAGGCACUACAGCAGCGGCGAGAAACUCGCCAUUUCCUGACAGAGAACGAUGCAGAGGCGUACAGGUACCACCCCUGCCUCGAUGCACGGUGCCCUGUGCUUGCGGAGGAUCGUGCCCGGCGACAUUCAGAGGCUAACAGCGCAGCAGCCGAGACGGUGCGAGGACCGCGUUCCUGGUUCGCAUCCGAUGCAGAGGGAAAGGAGGGCAUCCGUGGAACACGAGUGCACUUCAGCUACCCCACCUUUGCUCAGCGGCAGAUGGAACGGGACCGUCGGCGGCAGGAGGAGUUACUGACGGCGCUGCUGAACGAGGGCUGCGGCGACGGCCGUGAGUGUCGUUUCCGCCCUGCUCUGCCGCAGGCAACGGAGGAGAUGACCGAAAGGAAUCGCAGCUACAUUCAGGUUAUAGAGAAUGCAAAGCUUGCUCAGCUGCUUAUCGGUGCUGGUGUGAAUCACUCAGGUAUUAGCUUGGCGACUGCUACUGCUGGUGCUGCCACCACCGCGCCUCCUAUGUCUCUGUUGGACAAGCGGACGCCUCGUGCGCGAGGCAUGUGGGUCUCCUCCAGUGCCACAGCAGGGAAUGCAGCACUCGGUGACCGGGAGAAUUCGGCGCCGUCAGCCAUUGACAGCGCCGAAGGAUACGAGGCGCUCCCCUCGGUAUCACCGCCGUCGCAGCAGUGGCACGGCGACCUCUAUGUGAACACUGCACCUGAGUACGCAGUGCGGGCAGCAGGCUCGCCCGCGGAGCAGCAUCGCUCUCGCCGCGGAGCAUCCAACGAUUGCGCCUGUGUCCACUCAACGCGUGACACCAACGGGCGGUCCGGUGCAGGUGGUGUGCCGAGCACACCGGACAUGUCUCGGUUUGAAGGUGCGCUCGAGGGGGACAUUGGCGCCCUGCACAUUGCAGCCACCGCCUCUUCGACGUACCUGCGGCAGUUGGAGUCGGAGUUACAGGAUGCGCUGAAGGACCAGCUGUGGUGUGCUUGA